AGCAAACACCUUAUCUUCAAGUUUCAACCCACAUCCAUAUUCAUCAAUAGCCAUGAAGAGAACCAGAGACAGCGCAGCAGAGAUGGAGAGAUUGGACAUGGCCAAGUGUCUCAUACUUCUCUCUCACACCUUGCACAAUAAAAAUCCCAGAAAACACUUCAAGUCUCACGACGACGACGACAACCAUCUCUUUGAGUGCAAAACCUGCAACAAAAAGUUCCCUUCAUUUCAAGCUCUGGGAGGCCACCGAGCAAGCCACAAGAAGCCAAAAAUGGCGACAGAGAAUAAACCCAGAACUGAGAAAUUCUUGACGAGCUUAGAAACUAGUACAGUGAAGACGAAGGUGCAUGAGUGCUCCAUCUGUGGCGUUGAGUUUGCUUUAGGGCAAGCUUUGGGUGGUCAUAUGAGAAGGCAUAGAGCUGCAAUGACACGAAGAUUGAACUCUUCUCAUGCUCGUGGGGUUUCGAAAUUGCCUGUGCUGAGAAGGUCGACCAGUAGCAAGAGGGUUUUUGGCUUGGACUUGAAUCUUACUCCUUUAGAGAAUGAUCUUCAAUAUUUGUUUGGGAAGAUGGCUCCCAAAGUUGAUCCUUUCAUUUGAUGUCCACAUUCUUAUUGUAUUCUUUAAUUGGUUUUUUAUUUUCUUAAUCAUUUUCCGAAUCUUAAUUUGUGAUGAAAGCAACAUUCUUUCAUUUAUUUAUGUACAAUUAUAUAUAUAGGUUCA